AACCCUGUGUGAAGUGGAAGUUUUUCUGAUUUCCACGUUAAGUAAUCUGACACCCAGACUCUGAGCAGAAGGAUGGACCCUUAACUCGGCUGGGAGGACGGAAGGAAGGAGCAGUCACCCAGCGAGCAUAAACGAGCAGAAGCGAAACGCUGUACGCAAAAAACAGCCCCAGCAGCGGAGAAGAUCUGGGUGCCAGCGCGUCUCCAGUUAACUGUCCGUCUCACUCAAAUGAUCUCAAGGCGACAAGUUUCACUUUCCACAUGCGAAUGGGUGACUUUCCGCAGCGCUUUGUGAGGAGAAGAGGAUGAAGAAUUUCAACAGCAGUGCCCUUCACAGCCAUAGCCAGUCUACCAACCACAUUAGAGAGCGAAACAGCAGAAAGUACAGCUUACUCUCUGUUUUGCCGUUGCGAUUUUCUCUCCGAGGUUAUGGGUUCUGCAUGGCUACGCUGUUUCUCUUCUGUUUCGGCUCCCUAUUUUACCAGCUGAACGGAGGACCUCCUAAAAUCCUGCUAGACAUCAGACAGUAUCUCGGGUUAUGUGGAAAAAAUCACUGGUCAGUCAAAAUGGCCCCCAGCAGGCUCUUUAUCCAUAAGGACAGGGUAGCAAGACAUCUGGUGUCGUGCCUACAUGACUGCAAGACGAGAAAAGGUGGAUCAACGUAUCUGGAUGAUCACGGACAGCCUGCUCCAAGAGUACUCCCGUUCCCAAGCCAGGUGAUUUAUAAUCGGGUGGGAAAGUGCGGCAGCCGGACGGUGGUCAUCUUACUGAGGUUACUCGCUGAGAAACACCAGUUCAACCUGGUCUCCUCUGACAUCCACAACAAAACACGCCUCACUAAGCAUGAACAGGUGGAUCUAAUGAAAAAUAUCAGCAGUAUUCCUCAGCCAUUCCUUUAUACCAGACAUGUUCACUUCCUCAACUUUACAAGGUUCAAGAUAGAGCAGCCUGUGUAUAUCAACAUAAUCCGGGAUCCCAUCAAUCGCUUCCUCUCCAACUAUUUCUUCCGUCGCUUUGGUGACUGGAGGGGCGAGCAGAACCACCUAAUCCGAACUCCAGGGAUGAAAGAUGACGAGAGAUACCUGGACAUCAAUGUUUGCAUCCUAGAGAAUUACCCUGAGUGCUCCAACCCAAGGGUUUUCUACAUCAUCCCCUACUUCUGUGGACAGCAUCCUCAGUGCAGAGAGCCAGGAGUAUGGGCUUUGGAGAGGGCCAAACAGAAUGUGCUGGAGAACUACCUCCUUGUGGGGAUAUUGGAGGAGCUGGAGGACGUUCUGCUCCUGCUAGAGAGGCUCUUACCUCAUUACUUUACUGGAGUACUCAACAUCUACAAGAGCCCUGAUUAUAGGAAAAUGGGAAACAUGACAGGCACUGUGCGUAAACAAACCCCCACUUUAGAGGCCCUGCAGGUGCUGUAUCACCGCAUGCGCUAUGAGUACGAGUUUUACAACUUCGUCCGUGACCAGUUCCACCUCACAAAGAAAAAAAUCGGCCUGAAGUCUGUUUCCAAACCCCCCGCCUAUUCAAAUGAUUUCCUGCAGCAACUGGCCCUUCGAACCCCAGAGCCUCUGGAUGAAGACGAGGAGCUGGAAACGGAUCUGGAGGAUGCAAAUAGCUGGCUGGUUCAUCCCUAAGGGAUGCUCGAUGAACAUUAGAUGCAGCCACGUAACGGCUGCUUAGCUAGGACUGGCUAAAGAAAACUGUACCCUGAGGACAAAGGGGAGGAGUUUCAAUCUUUCAGCGUCACCCAGAGAAGUGAGGUGCAACUCCCAACCUGACAGGCUCAGCACUGAAGACUGUAGAGUUGAGAAACUGGAUGGACAAAAUGCUCUAUUUAUAAAUUGACCAAGGGCAAUGGGAAAUAAUAUUCAACUCAAUCUGCUUGACUCAAGUUUUCUUUUUUAUAAUUUGGGCUUGUUUUUGGGUUCGUGUAAAAACCAUACUGUCGCUGUCAUCUCCAGGAGAGAUUAGUGCAAGAUCUGAACAGCUAACUGUGAUUGGAAAUGUGCUAAAUGUUAUCGCCAGGUUGUUUACUAUAGGAGAGGAAUUAAAGGCAUUUCCCAAGACAGAUUACUACUUUAUGAGAGGUUUGAUGUCCUGAAAGCUGGAUGUUGUUGUGAAUUUUAAAGUGCCAUAAGCCUUUUAGGUAUAUUAGUCUUCCAGGACUGUUGUCAGACCUUAUUGAGGGUUCUGGGAUCUGUGUGGCAGAAAGUUCUGUGCACAGCUGGCAGAGUUGUGACAUAGUCAGUUCAUUUGCUUUAGUAUUGGUUUAUAACAUUUUGUGUAAUUUGUUAAAUACUAUUAGGUGUAAAUGAGGGUUAAACUGCGAGCACUCAAGUAUGAAUUCAGAGAAUUCCAAAAGUGUGCAUGAAUGAUUGAGUUUGACCAAACAAGCUGUGUAUUUUAGCAAAGAUUUAUUAUUUGGGACAGGCUAUAUGUUGAUACUGUAGAGUGAGUUAAAAGCCUUUAUGAAGCCUAAUUUGUAUUCCAAAGUUUAAAAGAUUGAGCUUGCCAAAUAGCAGUUUUUUUUGCAAAACUGUAUAAAUACACUGCACUUUGUGUGAGGUGACAUUUCCUUAACAUCUGCAGCAAAAUGAGGGAUUUUAUCACAACUGAAUGCUAAUUUGCCUGUCAUUUCAACUCGGAUUAUUUGCUGUUUAAGGGUUUUCUGUAUAUUAAUGUUAUCAUCAAAGUGUGUGAAGUGUUACCAAGCCCAGUUAAUACUUAUUUCUAAUUAUCCAGCAGCUCCACAGAGUGCAUGCUUUUUCAUCACAGAUGUUUAAAAAAAAAUUAACCAUAAGCUAUUACGUGACUAGACAUUUCACUCUACCAUCUUAAUCUCUGAUCUGUGUAUCUUCAUCAUUAUGUUCCGUGUUUUGUUUUUUGCAAGUUUAAUUUAUUGUUUUCUAUUCAUUUGCAUUCCAUAUAAAACUCUCAGGAAGAUAAAAAAAAAAACAAUGUUUAACACUCAUAUUUUUUUUGUUGUUGUUGUUCCUGGUGGCUAUAAAACAAUUUUUGGCAUUUAA